CUGUCUCCUUCCUCGCAUUCCUUUCUCAGAAAAGAAGUCCCUUUCUUCUUUUUGUCAGCUCGUAAAAGCUACUGAGGCACAGUUGGGAUAAGUGGCAUGAGGCAUUCCAACUAUCCGUCAAUGUUUUUUUACAAUGUUUUUGGAAAGGGAUACGCCGUUGCAGGUUAAAAAGCUCAAAACCUACAAGAGAAAAUUCCUCCGCGCAGCGCGCCAUUGACUGCAUAGACCUUUCAACUUACUAAAGACUGCGAUUGACAAACGUUUUCGUUUCUUGAAAUCCUUUGCAAAAGUGGUUUGUGACUCUGAUCUCCGGAGGACUUGGCCGCGCAACGAGUUUAGACGUGGGGGUGGCGAAGUUACAUCGUUGAAACAAGGACUACCACUGAUAAAAAAGACGGAUCCCUACACAUAUCACUGUAUUGUAAACUGGAUUUGUGAUCUUAAACUGUAGUUUUCGGACUUGUUCUCCGCAAUCAAAACCAUGGAGAAGUAUGAGGAGGAUAUCGGAUUGAAAGCGAGUAAGUUCAUAGAGAACCUUUCUUUGUACAAAGCUUGCAAAGAUGGACUUUACAGCGGGAGAAGGGACGUGAGGAUUAACCACGAUUUGGAUUUUUCGGGACAGAUGAUUACAAACCACAAAAGUAAAGCAGUGAAUGGCAACGCACAGCAGCACCACACUGGCGAACAGGCUGGGAGUAAAGUUUACAACGCGGCCACUUUGCGCCCAGUCAAUGGCAACAGGGGUGCUCCCUCGGAUAUUUGCAACCCACAAAGAGAGGCAGCUUACUGUGAAGAUGGCCACUGCACCAAAUCUGAAGUUGCCUUGCCGUGCUACAGCGGGAUUUCCGAGAGGAACCGAAGGUAUUCUUUAGAGGCACAGAGUCAUAGGUACAGCACGGGGGGUGCAUGUGAUGGAGCGGUCGUGAACAAGCAAGGACCCUUCUCUGUCUACCCUAGCUCGGGCACCAGGAUCAACAAUGUGUGCGUCAGUGCCAGUCAAGACGGCAGGUACAAUACCACCAGCCCCAGGUCUAGCCUGACUUCUUCCAUGUCUUCCCAGGAGCAAAGCAAACACACGAGCCCCAGAUCGAGCAUCAGUAGCCCCAGGUCGAGCUUGGUGGUACCCGGGCAGGACAAAUACACAAGCCCCCGAUCCAGCCUAGUGCAGUACGACGGGAGCAGUGUGCUGAGCCCCCGGUCUAGUUAUGCAAGCACAGCCAGUGAUACCAGCAAGCAUUCCAGUCCCCGGGCCAGCUUGAAUAGCUACGAUUGCGGGAGCAAGCCCAGCAGUAACCGCACCAGUGGCAUCAGUAUGGGGUAUGACCAACGGCACCUCAGCCCUAGAUCAAGCACUGCAAGUCAGUACUCGUGCACCCCGAGUCCGAGGUCCAGUUACUCGGAUUCGCGCUAUGUGUUAUCUGGGAACGCCGAGCAUGAGGGCACAAUCGUGCAUGGCAUGCCGGUGGUCAGCCCCCGUGCAAGCAUCUGCAGCCAGGAAGGCAGCAGCAGACCCGGGGUAGCCAGCAACUGCAACCCGUGUGUGGUUAGCCCACGGUCCAGCAUCUCUAGCCACAGCUCUAGAAGUUCCCGGAGUUCGAGGGGCUCCAUGAGCGCCUACCCAGACCUUCAGCAGCCCUCGCCCAGGUCCUCCAUCCUGGGUCCUGGUUUGCAGGAGGAAUCGGUUGUGAGCGAUUUCGGAGAUGGCAGGAUCUAUCCCCAAUCGUCCCCAGCAAGACACGAGCAGCCGCAAUCUCAGGUAGGAUUAAACACAGACGCCACUGGUGUUCCAGCACCUUUUAACUACUGCAGCCCCGCAAGAGCCUCGGCCCCGGCGCAAAAGUUUAAGCUGCCUUACCAAGUGACCCCUUCCCGUGAAAGUGGCCCAAGCCAGGCAGAAAGAAGACUAGAAGCCCUGACGUUGGAACUGGAGAAGGAGUUGGAGAUGCACAUGAAAAAAGAAUAUUUUGGAAUCUGUAUAAAGUGUGGGAAGGGGGUGUAUGGAGCGAGUCAGGCCUGCCAAGCAAUGGGAAACCUCUAUCACACCAACUGCUUCACCUGCUGCUCCUGCGGGCGAAGGUUGAGGGGAAAGGCAUUCUACAGCGUCAAUGGUAAAGUUUACUGUGAAGAAGAUUUCUUGUAUUCCGGGUUCCAGCAAACAGCAGACAAGUGCUUCGUGUGUGGCCACCUCAUAAUGGAAACGAUUCUGCAGGCCCUAGGGAAGGCCUACCACCCUGGCUGUUUCCGCUGUGUGGUCUGUAACGAGGGCUUAGACGGGGUCCCUUUCACGGUCGACAUGGAGAACAACAUCUACUGCGUCAAGGACUAUCACACAGUUUUCGCACCCAAGUGUGCGUCGUGUAACCAGCCCAUCCUGCCUGCACAGGGUUCUGAGGAAACAAUCCGAGUGGUGUCAAUGGAUAGAGACUACCAUGUGGAAUGCUAUCACUGUGAGGACUGCGGGCUCCAGCUGAACGAUGAGGAGGGUCACCGCUGCUACCCCCUGGAUGGGCACCUCCUCUGCCAUGGCUGUCAUGUCCGCCGCCUCAAUAUCCAGGUGCCGCCCCACCCUCCCCCUGGCUACCCUAUACACGUCACCGAACUGUGAGACCACAGAGACCCUGAAGGAGACGGCAGAAGAGCGAUGGAGCGGGAGAGAGGAGUGUAAUGUAGAACAGCCUCCCGGCUGCUGUAGGCUGGAGCACUUUGUAAUACAGCGUGAAGAGCCACAUGUUGAGUAUAGCGGCCCUGGUUAGGCUACUACUUGGCAGCUGUCUGUUCGGUGUUAACUCAUUUGUAAACAGCAUUUGGGGGGAGGUCUCAUUCUUCAGAAACCUUUUCUUGUAGUUGCAGUACACAAGUGACUGAACUGUGUGAGGUUACAGCUGUCGACACACACAAGCAGCAAGGCCUCGCCUCGAGGAGAGACACACUUCGGAGGGGGUGGGGGGGUGGGACUUCUUAUCGCUGAAGGCCUGAGAGCCAAGAGGCAAGGCUGCACUUGUGUUUAACCGAAAACGGAUGGACAGCUUCGGAAAGCCACAGAGACAGCUGCUGGAGCAACCGCUGACAAUUCAAAGUAGUCACUGUUGCAGAAUCUCUACACUUGUAAAAACUGCUUGUCAUUCCCAGCCUGCAAAAACACUGUAACACUGCAACAUCACAUUGGCUAUGCAAGGAAACUGUUGUAUGCAAUUUUGCAUUAUUUCACUGUUAACCCAAUAAUGUUUUUUGCUGUUUUUUUUUUUUUUAUCCAUUACAUGUGGGGCCAUGAUUUUCUUUUUAUUUGCAGUUGCUUGUAUGUUGUUAUAACAGUCUUUUGUAUUAAUUGCAGUUACCACAUCUUUAGCAAACAAUAGCAUUUGUGACCUACAAGAUUCACUGGCAAUGUUUUAAUGAUAUAACAACUAUUAGAUAUACAUAGAUUGUACGUACAGUUGUUUUUAUAUUGGGCAGAACUUUCACGGAGACCUAUAAUUUUAUUGGGCAGAGAGGUGAGGAAUACAUAGAUCUUGCAUAGCUAGAAAGACAGUUAUUUUAUCAUGUUGCUAUUCGUUAUCUACUAGAGUCAGAGGCUGAAUGUACUGAUUAACUAGCAGUAGAUAUGACAAUAGGAGUCUUAAAACUACUGUACGACGAGGGUGUAGGGGAUAUAGAGAUGUAUUCCUUUGUGGACCACUGAAAUGUCUAACAGAACUUGCACUUUGUGAUCACUAGAUCCCGUCUCAUUGGGGGGGUCGCCUUUUAACUCUGCAAUGCCUUAGCAUUUUUUAAAUGAGAACAGCAGCUUUAUCUAUGUAACUAUAUACCGUUUCUGUACAAAACCAUUUUUUUCCCCUGUCUUGCAAUAUAAUAUCCUACGUAUGAAAAAUUCUGACUUAUGAGGCUGAAUUUAAAAAAAUAACAAUAUAGAGGGGUGGCUAAGCAUUGUAUCAUAUGUGAUACAAACAUGGGCAUUACAGGGUUAAACGUGUUUAGUCUUUACAUACUGUUUUCAAAGAGUUUUUGUGUGUUCUGAGAGUGAUGGCUGUACCAACUCCAUAAUCGUUCAGUGAAAUCAGAUGCACUGCUGUUUCAAAGGCACAUUGUUCCCCCCUUCCUCCUUAUCAGCAUCUUCUAGUUACAGCCAGUUAACAACUAAACAAAUACGUCUGCUUUCACUGAUACUCUCUGGGCUCUGAUCUCAUGUUACCUUCGGUAAGAGGCCAGCCCAAUGUGUCUUCAGGUCUUAAAGGGUACAUAAGGAUCUUUUUAUUUUAUGGUGUUAUAUUUUAUUAUUAUUAUUAUUAUUUUUUUACAU